UCUGCUGGAGCUCUGGUAGCACCUCCGGGGCUGAGGUGUGGGGCGGCCGCCGUGCCCAGCACCGAGCUCUCGGCAGAGCUGCAGCGUCUGGGGACGCUUCCACGCCGAGGAACAGCGCGGGCCGAGCUGGAGCAGCCAGGGGGGACAAUACACCUGUUCCGCAAAUCACAGAGAUCAUUGGUUGGAAAGUUAACACAUGAAUUUAGGUUGGUUGCAGCAGACAGAAGAUCCUGGAAGAUUUUACUGUUUGGUGCUAUAAAUUUAAUAUGUAUUGGCUUCCUGCUCAUGUGGUGCAGCUCUACAAACAGCAUAGCUUUAACUGCUUACACAUAUUUGACAAUCUUUGACCUUUUCAGUUUGGUAACAUGUCUAAUAAGCUACUGGGUAAUGAUGAAGAAACCCAGCCCAGUCUAUUCAUUUGGGUUUGAAAGGUUUGAAGUUCUAGCUGUAUUUGCAUCUACAGUUCUGGCACAGCUUGGUGCUCUUUUUAUACUGAAAGAAAGUGCGGAGCGUUUUCUGGAACAGCCUGAGAUACACACGGGACGACUGCUGGUUGGUACUUUCGUGGCUCUCUUUUUCAACUUAUUUACAAUGCUUUCCAUUAAGAAUAAGCCUUUUGCUUAUGUCUCUGAAGCUGCCAGCACAAGUUGGCUUCAGGAACAUGUUGCAGAUCUUAGUAGAAGUAUUUGUGGAAUCAUCCCAGGACUGAGUAGCAUUUUUCUGCCACGGAUGAACCCUUUUGUCUUGAUUGAUAUUGCUGGAGCUCUGGCUCUUUGCAUUACAUAUAUGCUCAUUGAAAUCAACAAUUAUUUUGCUGUGGACACAGCCUCUGCUAUAGCAAUUGCUUUGAUGACAUUUGGUACCAUGUAUCCCAUGAGUGUCUACAGUGGGAAAGUAUUACUUCAGACAACGCCACCUCAUGUGAUUGGCCAGUUAGAUAAACUUCUCAGAGAGGUUUCAACUUUGGAUGGUGUGCUGGAAGUUCGAAAUGAGCAUUUCUGGACAUUAGGUUUUGGUACUUUGGCUGGAUCAGUCCAUGUCCGAAUUCGGAGAGACGCAAAUGAGCAAAUGGUACUUGCCCACGUCACUAACAGAUUAUACACGUUGGUCUCUACCUUGACUGUUCAGAUUUUCAAAGAUGACUGGAUCAGACCUACCUUAUCAUCUGUGCCUAUUGCAAACAAUAUUCUGAACCUUUCGGAUCAUCACAUUAUUCCAAUGCCAUCUUUGAAAGCUGCUGACAAUUUGAACCCUGUUACCUCCACUCCAGCUAAGCCCAGCAGCCCGCCACCAGAAUUUUCUUUUAACACACCAGGCAAAAAUGUGAGUCCAGUCAUCCUGUUAAACACUCAGACAAAGCCCUAUGGAUUGGGCUUUAAUCAUGGAUCUGCACCCUACAGCAGUGUACUCAAUCAAGGACUUGGAAUACCAGGAAUGGGAGCAGCUCAAGGAUUCAGAACUGGUUUUGCAAAUGCCCCAAGCAGAUAUGGAACAAACGCUCGUGGUCAGCCCCGACCGUAAUAAACACCAUUAUUUAUUAUACUUAAGGGUAUUGACUUAAUUCUUUUAUUACCCAAUUUUUAUAAACAUUUGGAAUGUCAAAUCAUUCUAAGUGGCUGGGAACAAGUGCAUUGUUCAUAUUCAUGAAGUGGUUAAAUAGCAGUUUUUUCCUUCACAUCAGCAGUAGCCUGUGUAAUGCCACAGAUAUUUUGCAGACUUACAAUACUUUACAAGUAGUUUUAUAGGGUGUCUAUUUCUACUCAUCUUUUUUAUCCACUUUUCUUCAUUUAUCCAAGAAUGUAUUGAGAUGCAGCACAACUCCAUAAGAGAAUAAAAUUGUGAGCAGGUAGCUUUUUUUUUUUUUUUUUUCCUAAUGAGAAUUACUGGAUGCUGAAUAGCUGACAGAAUAGGAAAUGGCAGAAAUACAAGUCCCAGUUUUCAGAUGUGUUUGAUUGCUGUAUUAAGCCAUGUUUGGGCCAAAUCACAAUUAGUUUUUGGUUGCAAAAACCCAUCAGUAUUCAUGUUGUGGCCAUUGUGAAGACAAUCUGGCAUUUCAGAUUGUAAUUUGGUUUGUGAGACCAUGUUUUUACAUUUUUAUUGAUGCUUUUAUAGAAAUUCAGAUGGUUCAGCAACCAUUUUCUAGUUGUAAGUAUUCCAUACUCAUCUCUGAUAUUUCUUACUUUUUGGUUUAACUGCAAAAUUAUUUAGCAAUAUACUGGGAAAUAAAAUACUUAAAACU